CAGCCGGGUGGCAGACGCCGCUGCUGCGCAUACCCGGCUCCAGGGCCACCUGCUCCCUGCACGUCCUCCCCUCCCAGCCCUGCCCGCCUGCCAUGGACGGGCCCGCCGAGCCCCGGACCCGGGCCCUGUGGGACACCUAUGAGAACAAUAUCUCGGAAAUCAGCCAGAAGCUGUCAGGAGAAUACUUCAGGUACAAGGGCGUCCCCUUCCCCGUCGGCAUCUACUCGCCGGAGAGCGUCCGCAUCGCGGAGAACGCCGACGUGCAGGACGACGACGUCUUCAUCGUCACCUACCCCAAGUCAGGCACCACCUGGAUGAUCGAGAUCGUCAGCUUAAUCCUAAAGGACGGGGACCCCUCCUGGAUCCGCUCGGUGCCCAUCUGGGAGCGGGCGCCGUGGUGCGAGACCAUCAUGGGGGCCUUCAGCCUCCCGGGCCAGUCCAGCCCCCGCGUCAUGAGCUCCCACCUCCCCAUCCAGCUCUUCCCCAAGGACUUCUUCAACUCCAAGGCCAAGGUGAUCUACAUGGCCCGGAACCCCCGGGACGUGGUGGUCUCCCUCUAUCAUUACUCUAAGAUCGCCGUGCAGCUGAAGGACCCCGGCACGCCUGACCAGUUCCUGCAGAACUUCGUCAAAGGCGAAGUGCAGUUCGGCUCCUGGUUCGACCACAUUAAGGGCUGGAUUCGGAUGCAGGGAAAGGAGAACUUCCUGUUUAUCACCUACGAGGAGCUGCAGCAGGACCUCCGCGGCUCCGUGGAGCGCAUCUGCCAGUUCCUGGGCCGGCCGCUGGGCGAGGAGGAGCUGGCCUCCGUCGUGGCGCACUCGACCUUCGGCGCCAUGAAGGCCAACAUCAUGUCCAACUACACGCUGCUGCCGCCCACCGUGCUGGACCAGCGCCACGGCGCCUUCCUCCGCAAAGGGGUCUGCGGGGACUGGAAGAACCACUUCACGGUGGCACAGAGCGAAGACUUCGACCGCGUCUACCGGGAGCAGAUGCGGGGGCUGCAGACCUUCCCCUGGGACCCGGCCCCCGAGGACACCAGCCCGGACCCCGACCCAAGCCCGGACCCCAGCCCCAGUCCCGUCCAGGCCUCCGAGCCCCCGCACCCGAGCCCCUGAAAAUAAACGCUUUGCUCCUG